AUGAUUUUACGUUUUGUUGAUGAAAGUGGUCAUAUUAAAGAAAGACUUCACGUAUGGAUUAAAUUGGAAAUCAAAUCUGAUUGCCCAAUUUAUGACGAUGCUGCUUCCAUGCAGUGGCAGUACUCUGGUGUUCGCACAUUAGUACAACAACAAAACCCAAGAGCGAUUCAUGUAUGGUGUUUUUCUCACGUAUUGAAUUUAGUCGUUGUUGAUACAUGUGAUAGUUGUGAAGAAACACGUAAUUUUUUUGGAAAUAUUCGAUCCUUAAAAGAAUUGAUGAGAGCCCGUAAACGUACUGCACUAUUUUUAGAGUAUCAAAAAAAAUUCUACCCUGACAAAAAACCGUUGAGAAUGAAAACAUUUUCUACCACUCGCUGGAAUUCACAUCAUCGGUCGCUGUUUGUAAUAUUUGAAAAGUUCAAGGCUAUUGUUGCAAGUCUCGAAGAUUUCUCAGAAUCAAUUGAUCGACUGUGUAGUUCAACUGCUAAUAAUUUACUAAAGAACAUCACUUCUUUUAGUUUUGUUACUGUUAUGUUUUUAAUGAAUAAAAUAUUUGAUAAUACUUCUCCACUAUCGACAUAUUUACAAACCCCAUCAAAUGAUUACAUUCAAGCAUUAACAAUGGUCGAUAUUGCUGAUCAAAGAUUAUCAAAAUUGAGGACACAAGAGUCAGUUGAUACUAUUUUACAAGAAUCAAAAGAGUUUUCAGUUAAAAAUGAACUUGAUGAAAUUGAAUUUCCUAAAAUUAGGAAAAUGAAACGAAAAAGAAUGGACGAUGAGAAUAAUUCUGAUGAAAUCACAAAUAGUCCAGUGGACUACUUUAGAACUAAUGUUUAUUUUUUAAGUAUCGACAAAAUUAAAGUUUCUUUAACAGUACGGUUUAAAGAUGCUAGAAAUAUUAUGAAAGAUUUAUCAUUUUUAUCAUACGAGAGAUUAAUGAAAGUAAGCAAUGGAGAUGUAGUGCCAAAAAAUACCUUUGAUUCCCUUAAAACCUAUAUUCCUGAAAUAGAUAAAGAUUCAAUUGGAAUGGAAUAUAGAAAUUUUGCUAUGAGUUUUCAGAAAUUACAAUCAGGUAUAUGUCCAGAACAGUUACAUGAUGAAGAUGUCUUAAUUAGUGAGAACACAAGUGACGAAGAUGAUUCUAUAAUAAAUAGCGAAUGGAUGACGAAGACAUAG